AUUACGUUGCUCUGUGAGCGGGACUUGGUGGACGUUUCCUCAUGUAUCAUCAUCAUCCCAUGGACUGACUUGUUUGUUAUCCAGCAAGAUGGAGUUCCUUUUGGGAAAUCCUUACAGUACCCCGGUGGGGCAUUGCAUUGAGAGAGCCACUGAUGGCUCUCUACAAAGUGAAGACUGGACCCUCAACAUGGAAAUAUGUGACAUCAUCAAUGAAACAGAGGAUGGGCCUAAGGAUGCCAUUAGAGCAGUGAAGAAGAGGCUGAAUGGCAACAGGAACUACAGAGAAGUGAUGUUGGCUUUAACGGUUCUGGAGACAUGUGUCAAAAACUGUGGCCAUCGUUUUCAUGCUUUGGUCACCAGCAGGGACUUUGUUGAUGGCGUGCUUGUUAAAAUCAUCUCCCCUAAAAACAACCCGCCUACAAUCGUUCAAGAUAAAGUACUCGCCCUGAUUCAGGCAUGGGCUGAUGCAUUCAGGAGCAGUCCAGACCUAACGGGCGUGGUCCAAAUCUAUGAGGAGCUAAAGAGGAAAGGCAUCGAGUUCCCCGUGUCGGACCUGGAGACCCUUUCACCUAUACACACACCUCAGCGGGCAGCAUCAGCCCCAGAGGGCGACUCCACCCUACACAAAUAUGCCACCACCACAGCUCAGCCCACACCACAAGCUGUUCCACCCGCCUACACCACCCCUCAGGUCCCUAACAUUCAUGCUUCUGGAUCCAUCAAUCCUACACCUGAACAGAUUUGCCGGCUGCGCAGUGAGCUGGACAUUGUUCGUGGAAACACUAAAGUUAUGUCAGAGAUGUUGACUGAGAUGGUCCCCGGACAGGAGGAUGCUUCAGACUAUGAGUUGCUACAGGAGCUGAACAGGACUUGUAGAGCCAUGCAGCAGAGGGUAGUGGAGCUCAUCUCCUGUGUUUCCAAUGAGGCAGUGACUGAGGAGCUGCUGCAUGUCAACGAUGAUCUCAAUAACAUUUUCUUGCGCUACGAAAGGUAUGAGAGAUUUAGGUCUGGGAGAUCCUCAGCUCAGAGUGUCAACAAUGGGGUCCUGAGUGAGGCUACAGAAGACAACCUCAUAGACCUCGGCCCAGGCUCCCCAGCGGUGGUCAGCAACAUGCCGAGCGCAGCCCCUACCAGCUUGCCCGGCACCAUCACAGUCCCUGCAGGAAGGCCCUCCUCCCCAGCCACCCUGGCCUCCCGCCUGGCUGGUCUUGACAUGGGUGCAGACAGUGUGAGCAGUACCUUGAGCUCCCUGUCUAGCUGUAAGCCUCCUUCUACCCAGGAUGACUUUGAUGUGUUUGCUCAAACCAGGACUGGAGCUCUGCCUGCACAACCACACAAGAUCUCUACAGCAGAAGACAGAAAUGCCACUAGCAGCCUUCCCCCCACUCUGGAUGUCCUACAACCAGCAGCAGGAGCGGGUGUCGGAGGCCAGUCCUCUGUCAUGGAUGACAUAGAGGAGUGGCUGUGUACUGAUGUGAAAGGAGAUGAGGGUGAGGAAGGCGUGACAAGUGAAGAGUUUGAUAAGUUCCUGGAGGAGAGAGCCAAAGCUGCAGAGAUGGUGCCCAGCCUAUCGUCACUCCCCAGUGGUGAACCGGGCGCAGCGCAGGGGACCCCAAGCCGCAAAAAGCCAGACAGGCCGGAGGACGCUUUGCUCGCCAUGUAGACCUCUCACCUUUGCCCUUCAAACUCCCAGCCUAAGACCGGACCAGCUGAGCACCAUCACCCAAGGACAGACUGACCCGACACUAAAAUACACUCACUUCUGUUCUGAUUCUUCACAACACUAAUCAGUUUCGCACUACAGAGAUUUGUACAAGCUCUCCUUGUAAAAAAAGGAAUUAUUCACGUUCUCCAUUAAUUUCUCACAAGAAAUGGAAAACCAAACAAAUGUCUCCUUAUGAUAAGGCUAUCAGACGAUGGAUCUCACCCACAUGAUGUGUGUGAGGGACUGUGAGGCAGCCUGCUUUUACCUCCUCCGUUAUGCUGAAGAAUCUCCCUCCAACUGCUGUGGACUGCAAAGCUUCAUGUUGCAGCUAAUCCUAAAAAAAAAAAUACCAUGUAGAGUUUUGUAACAGAGCUAUCCUGCCGUUCUUGUUAUUAGAAGGAAAUCAGUUCUUCCCCAAGCCCUUAAAGCAUGCUUUAACACCACCAAACUUGGUCAUUUAAGUUUUUGCAAUUUAAAGAAAUUAACCAACAGAAAAGAUUAGGAUUGUUAUUGCAGAAAUGCCCAUUGUGGGCAGAAGAGCAUACCUGCCAGGAUAUUGUUUUGGUGUUUAUAUCAGUCCCUUUGCAAGUCAGUCUGAGUUGAACUGUAAAUCUGUAAAUGACAAAUGUCAAGUUUAUUAGUCGUGUGUAUAUUUAAGCUACAUAUAUAUAUGAAAGAGAUAUUGAUUCAGUGUAGAUUUUUGAAAAGGGUUUUAUCUUCCAGCUGCUCUGACGAUAGGGAUGUACCUCACUGGGGGUUUCUAGCAAGAAAAGGGAAUAGAUAUACAUCUGAUUAUUCAGAAAAACAAAACUCAUUUAAAGAGAAUAAGAAGGGAGUUCAGUUUUUGUGACUGGCGUAAUUGUGCACCGCACCAACAAAUGUGUUCUCAGACCUCCACAUGUUGGAGGUUUCUCUUUGACAGAUCUAACAGAAUCCCAGUCAGAUCUCCGAGACGGUCUCACUGGUAGCUGAAGAGAUUCAUGCUGUCAUUUGGUGAGUUUUUACUCACCAAUUGUAGGUUUUAUUUUUAAUUUCAUGUGAUCUUGUUUUUUGAUUUGAUUGUGCCGUGUGAUUCCUGUUCUGAAAUUGAGUUCAGAGGACCAAAUUCGCUCUUUCUUCUGGAUGAUUGGCUUGCUCACAUGUAGUCCGGUCCUCCGCAAUCUGCUGGGAUGUAAUGAGAAUUCGAUAUCGCACCACAGAAGCUGUUUGCGCGUUAUCGCCGUGUGUUUCUCCAUUUAUUUCUUUGUGCUGACAUCUUAAAAGGCCUGACCUUUCAACGUGACAUUUGUUUUCAGAAAUGAGUCGGCCGCAGACGUACUGCUGCAAAUGAGACAUUUUACUCUUUUGACAAUAACAAAUGCAACGUCUUACACAAUCACAACAAGCUUAAAACAAGCGCGCACUUCGACAGUCGUAUUACCUUUCAACUUGUACUGUAAAUCACUAAACACUUAACCUGAUGUAAUUAAUUAACUGUUAGGGAAAUAUUUGAAUAUAGAAAUAAUUUAUUCAGCACUAUUUUUUUUUCGGAACAGUAUUUUAAAUCAUUUAAUUGUAUGAAAUGAAAAUGGGAAAUGAACUAUGUUUAGGGACAACUGGUGAAAUUGUCAUAGUGGUUUGUCCUUUUAGUGUUAAUGGCUUUUGUUUGUGGAGUAUAGAUUUUCUUUUUAUGCAUUGCUGCUGGCUAAUGUAUUCUGUUUGUCAUGGUUAUCUGGAUAUUCUCGUCAGCUGAACGUCCAUACAGUAAAAAUAUGGACAUAGUUUCUAAUAACAGACCAUCACUGAUUCAUAUCUGUAAGAGAAUCACACCAGUUCUCAUGAAGGAUAGAUAUUUUUAAUAGAUUCACCCACAUUUAAUUUUACACAUUAACACAUGGCAAAAGCAAACAGAAUUAACUUGCUUUGGAUACAUUUGACAAAGCGUCAGUGUUGCACAUUUUGAAAGGGAAAGCUCCUUCUUCUUUUGUUUUUUUUUUGUUAAGUGUUCAACUUGUGUGUGUGUGUGUCAGCUGUUCUGUAACUCAGAAACAUUUUAUCGCAGUUUAUUGGAGGAGGAGGGACAAAACAUGAAGCCUUCAAAUGUGUGUUUAAUUGAAUCCAUGUUGUUACUAUCCUGUUUGAUACCGCCCAGGAUCAACCUGGUUUAUAUCGAUGUGAGCUCCGUCAGUGAUUGUAGAGUCAUCUCAGACCUGUGUUUUCAGAAGAACAAUACGUUUCUUUGUGCGUCUCCGGAUGACAUGAAAAGAGAUUCUGAUAAGGGAGACUGUGAUGUGUGACUGCUGCUUUCCCACUUUCCUCAUCUCUGGUUUUUCUUUGUGUUGUUUGACUUGUGCAUGGACUCUAAUAAAACAUAAGCGGUGUGUCUGCA